UUUUUAUUAUCUUUUAAUUGUUACUAUUCGACAUUGUACAUUAAAAAGAGAAAAAAAAGAAAUUUAGUUGCUAUGAGCAAUAAAAGAAUUAAACGAUCUAUACCAAUAUGGUCAACAUGUUUUUGUAUUGAUAUUCAUCGUUGUGGAUUAUUUAAACAAACCAAUCGAAAAUUAGCUUAUUUCAUACAAAAAGGUAAUCUUCCAGCAAUUGAACAUAUAUUAAAACGUAUAAAACAACCAUUAAAUAAUUUAACGAUAAUUGUGAAACGACAUCAAUUCAAUACAUUCUAUCCAUAUUUAAUGAAUCAUCAUCAUCAUCAUCAUCAUAAUCAGUAUUUUUAUCAAGAAUGUUCACCAGUUCUAUGGGCUAUAGAUUGUUUACAAUGGAAUGUUUUACCAUUAUUAUCCUAUUAUGGUAUCGAUAUCAAUCGUCCACAAUUAUGUCGUCGUUGGACAGAUUGUAUAUGUAAAAAGAAUUCACGAUCAAACAAUAAUAAUAAUAAUAAUAUAUUACCAUAUCGGAAAUUUUGGACACAUGGCCAUUAUACAUAUCAAUCUGCAUUAGAUUAUUUCUUUGCUAGUAUUUAUGAAUAUAUAAAUGAUAAUUAUUUAAAUGAUAUUAAUCUAUUAACAUUUUAUAAUAUACAUUUAACAAAUCUAUUAACAAAAGGUAUUGAUAUACAUCGUAUUAAUUCAGUAAUUAUAUUUAAUUUAUUAGCAAUUAGUUUUAAUCAAUAUUUAUAUCAAUCUAUCACAUCUAUAAAUAAUCAUUUAAUAUUAACAAAAAUUAAUAAUCAAUCAUUUAUUGAAUUAUUGAUUAUUAAAAAACUUAUUAAAAAUGGUUAUUCACAAUUUGAAUGUAUGGAUUAUUUAUAUUCCUAUUGUAAUUGGUUUAGUAUAUUAUUAUGUAUAUUAUGUCAUCCGAAUAUUGAUCUAUAUCAUAAUAAUAAUAAUAAUAAUAAUAAUAAUAAUAAUAAUAAUAAUAAUAAUAAUAAUAAUAAUGGUAAUAAUAUUAGUAAUAAUAGUAAUAAUAAUAAUGGUAAUAACAAUAGUAAUAAUAAUAAUGAUAAUAGUAAUAAUAACCGUAGUAAUAAUAACAGUAAUAAUAAUAGUGAUAGUGAUAGUAAUAGUAAUAAUAGUAAUAGUAAUGAUAAUAAUAAUGGUAAUAAUAGUAGUAAUGGUAAUAAUAAUAAUAAGAUGCCAAAAGUGAUAAAACAAUCAAUAUUAUUAUUGAUUAAUUUACUUGUAUUAAAAUGUACUAUUCCAACUAUAGAAGAGUUUUCGGAAUUCAUUGAAAAUUUACCAUUAUGUAAAUUAUAUAUUAAAUAUAAUAAUAAUAAUAAUAAAUAUAAUGAAUUUUAUAAACGUUUAAUUCAAUUACAUCAAUUAUGUAAUCAGUUAAUGAAUAAACCAUUUAGUUUAAAAUUAAUAACAAGAAAUCAAAUAAGAAAACAAAUUGGUAGUAUUGAUUUUCAUAGAAAAAUCAAUAAUAUUGAUUUACCUAAACAAUUAAUUACCUUUAUACAAUAUAUUAAUUAUGAACAAUUUGUAAUUAUGAAUGAUAUACCAAAACAAUUCAUUCAAUUCAUACAAAGUGAAUGGAUCGAUAUGAAUUCAACUAUAGGUUGUAAUGAUAAUACAUUGAAAGAAUCUAUGAAUAUAUUCAAUCAAUCGAAUGAUUUAGAACAGAUCAAUAAUAAUGAUAAUAAUCAUGAUAACGAAGAACAAUUACCUAUGAAUAAUAAUAAUAAUAAUAGUUUACAACGUGGUAGAGCCUCAGAACGUCAACAUAUUCAUAUGUAUCAAAGAAGAAUAAAUAAACAUAAACAACCAUUAAGACCUACAUCUGCUCCAUUACUUAGAACAUUUGUUAGAUAAGAAAGAGAAAAAAAUUAUCUUUUUUUUUAUUGACUUGGAAACUAUAUUUAUCUCAGGGAUUAUAACAACCACAACCACCACUACAACCACAACAACGAAAAAAAUAAAUAAUGAAAUACUGAUUCUUCAAUGAUUUUUAUUUAUUUAAUUUUCUUGUUACCUUCUCUCCCCCCCUUAUUUAUUUGUUUAUGAUAAAAGACAUAAAAUUAUUGUUUUGUUAAAUUAUUCAAUUGAUUAUUAAUCAAAUUAAGUGUAAAGAAUGUUCUAAUGUUACUAUAUUAUUAUUAUUUGUUGUUCUCCUUAUCAUUGGUGAUGGUGGUGUUGUGUUGUUAUUUUGUUCGAAUGAUUCUUUUCUUAUUUCUAUUGGUUGUAUAUUGAUUUUUUGAUAUUUUUAAUACCACAUAUUAAACCUAGAAUACAAUUGAUGAACAUUCCGAUUAUGCUUAGACUUUGUAAAUUAUUAAUUAGUUCAAUACUUAUUUAUAUUGUUAAUGUGAUACAUAAAUAAUACCAUAGUCAAGAGGGGGGGGAGAGGAUUGUUUUUAUUAUUACAUCAUUAUGUUUGUUCGUUUGUUUUUUUUUUGAGAAAGAAAACAUUUUUUUUAUACAGAAAUUCUUUAAUAACCUUAAGUACAAUCUUUGACAAGAUCAAUAUGUAUGUUAAUCGUUUGUUUAUUUUAUGAUCAAUUUUAUCAACGAUCAAAACUUAUCUUCAAUGAUCACUUACUUACUUACGAGGACGUCAAGGAGCAUAGGCCGCUCACUAGCAUUUUCCAUCUAACCUUAUAUUGGGCUUCAAUAAUCAACUCAAUGAUUAUUGAUUUUAAAAUCAUUCAAUAUUUGAUUGUUUAUUGUUUGUAUUUUGUUUUUCCUAUAAAUAUUUGUUUGUUUACUUGUUACUAUGUAUGUAUGUAUGUUUAUGUUGAUCACUUGUAAAUAUGAAUAUCGAUUUAGAUAUAGAAGAUUUAUGAUAAUUAAAAAAAAUUUUUUUUAGAAAUUGUCUAUUAUUUAUUGAUUGAUUGAUUUUAGAGGAUAAAAUUUCGAA